GUCAAAAGGAGAGGAAAGGAUCGGUUUUCACACUCCCUCUUUACCAAUUUCAUUCUUCUCCCUCCCACCUCUUUUCCCCAAUUUCAAUCUCCCUCCAUCAUCUCCAAAACCCUAAAAUGAAAAUACUUCCUCAAUCUCACUUUCCCCCCCCAAAUCUGAAACCUAAAUUUCAAUCUCACUAACCCUAAUGGCUCAAUCUCACUAACCAAAUCUUCACUCAAUCGGUUCCUCACUCAUGGCAUAAAUCGAUUUCCCUUCACUGUUCAUCAUCUUCUUUCCAUCGCUGCUUCCAUCACCAAUCGCUGCUUCCAUCAUCAAUCGCUACUUCCAUCGUUUGAUGCACCAAUCGGGAUGUCUGGGCGAGACAAGGAUAAGGGUAAGGCUCUUGCUGUAGAUCAUGGGAAGCUGAAGAAAAAGAAGAAUGGAAGAAUAGAUGUUUCCUUAGACCCUACCAGACAGUGGGUUCGGCCGACGGGGGUAACCUUCCGUAACAUUGAUGAACGGACCGGUACUCCUAUUCCUAUUGCUACUACUCCACCUCCUUACUCCCGCACCAUUCCCGCCUAUUCCUCCCGCACCAUUCCCGCCUAUUCUUCCCGCAUCAUUUCCUGCAGCUACUACUAGUCAUGCUACUACUAGCCAGCCCCUCAUAUAUUCUAGUCCUGGUUUUGCCAUGCCUGGAUUUACUCCGCCAUCGACACACUCGCCAAGUUACAACACCACCCGGUCUAAUGUCCGACAAGGCUUUAACACAUCCGUUCCAUCACAAUCAUCAACGAAACUGAUGCAAGAUCUUAUGCAAACUGGAAAUUUCUUAGCCUUACUUGUUGAUCAACGACCUCCACAACAGCAUCAACAACAACAACAACAACAAAACAACCAAAAUGAAGAGGUACCGUCUGGGGCUGAUCAAAGACGACGACAACGACGUCAAAUCAUUGAAGACUGGGAGUAUGUGGAUAACCUUGUUGUGGUUACACCAACACCUGAAACGUUAGAGCCAUCCCACGGAGUAUCAGAACAUAUUAGAAUGGCGAUCCAGACGUUUUACCCUAAAGAUAGGCGUUGGGCCGUAUAUUCAGAUCUUACUACCGAUGACAGGAACGACCUUUUUAAAUACUUUUCGGAUUUUUCUAGAUGGGAACCUCAUCAUCAUACUCUUGUAGAGAGAAACUUUCAUAGGGUAGCUGCAAGACGUUUAUCAGAUUUGUUAUAUGAUGAACGGCAGGAAUUGAAAAAACGUAAGGGCAAUUAUCGUACACAAUGGAUCGGAGAGAAAAGCUGGGAGUUAUUGCUGAAGUAUUGGAAUGAAGAUCCACAUUUUAAGAAUCGGUCCAAAGCUAACAAGGUGAAUAGGACAUCUAUUGUAGGAGGGCAGUUGCACGCACAAGGUUCUGUCAGUACCGCUACCUAUGCUAGAGAUUUGCGAAAUAGAUUGGGUAGAGUUCCUUAUCCGGAAGAGAUCCAUGAUGUAACUCGUUUCAGUCAGAAUCUUGGUCGGUAUGUUGAUGCUCAAGCUAGCAAUACCCAGGCAGCUUAUCGCACGAAUGCAGCGGAAUUUUUGAAGGAGAAUCUUGAGAUUCCAUCGUAUCCGGAAAUUCCCUUCCCCAUUAAACUUCAAUUAUGGGCGAAGGCUGCAGAAAAAGGAAGACCGGAUGGAGGAAAAGAAAGAAAGGGUAGAAUGUACGGUCUUGGGCCAUUAGCCGGCAAUGUGGUACAUGGAGAUUUGUUCUAUGUUCCUCCUCCACCAGAGUCCUCAUCUCCUUCUACAGAGCUGCCUCUUGAGAUGCAAGCAAUGAUACAACGAAUGAACCAGGAGUUGCAAUCUCAAAAGGAGGCGUUGGCAAAGAAAGAAGAAUCGGAGAAUGAGUUAAGGGAAUUGCUAGCCAAACAGGCAGAGGAAAUGAGAAAACUCACCAGGAUGGUUACAAAAAGGAUGGGUGGCAUGAAGAGUAGGAAAACAUCGGAAUCAUCGUCGCCAUCGAGUCAAUCAUCACCGUCGGUUCAAGAAGACCGAACAUAUGACGAUGACAAUGAUGAUGAUGAUGAUCAUGAUGAUGAGGACGAGGACGAGGACGAGGAGAGGGAUGAUGAUCAUAACGAUUAAUUUAUAUUCUUUUCAGUUGCUGUUUUUUGGUUAGGGAUUUUGGGCACUUUUGGGGUGUUUUAGGUGGUUACUGUUAAAGAAAAUUUAACUUGCAUAUAUGAAUUUUGUUUUAUGUAAUUAUUUAUCAACAUGACAUGUUUUGUAGGAAACAAAUUAUCAAAAAAUUUGGGUUAUUUUCAAA